AUGGUUAAAAACAUUAAAAAAUAUUCAAUAAAUAAAAUGAUAUCCAGUACAACUCAAAGACCAACAAUAAUAAGCGAAAGGCAUAAUUCUCUUUCCAAACCAUCAACAUUAAAUGUUAUCCCAAAGCAAAAAAGAAGACUAUCUCGUGAAGAAAUAAUUAAUGAAAUGGAAAAUGAACAAGACGCCAUAGUAGUCAAACUAUUGAAAGAAAUUGAUCAAUUGAAAAUGGAAAACUUAUAUUUAAAGGAGCAAUUAAAUCAAAAGAAUCAAUGCUUACGUCGUAAUUCAAUUGAUUGUGGCGCAAGAUUAAACAAGAACAGUAAUAAUAUCACCGAUAACGAAUGUGCAAUUACUACAGAUGAAGAAGAUUCAAGUUCUCACAUUGAUGUACCUCAUUUUAUAUUGACUGGGAAUUCUCAAUACAGAGUUCCAAGAACUCCAAGAGCUUCAUUCAAUUCCAUAUCUUCAAAAUCAGGAAGCUUUAAUCAUUAUUCCACUAUGGGUGCUCCGCCAAUUCAAGUAUCAAACAAAUCCAGAGCAUCCAAUAGGUGA